AUGGUGGAGUUAGCCAUUUCGCGCAGCGUUACCUCCCAUCGAAACCUCGCCAUAGUGUUGCUGGUGUCUGUGGCCAUCCUCCUCUUGGUGGCCGUGUCCACCAUUUUCCACCACCGGAAGCGCCGUCGCCGCAGCCUCUACCAACCCUUCUUUGGUCCGCAGCAGGCCGUAGUACCCAAAAUCAACAAAGCUCUAGAUCCCAUUGUCUACAAUUACGUCUGCGCUCAACAACCGGUGGAUUUCGUCGUACCGAGUACACCAGCGACGAAUGCCCCUCCAAGUCCAGUGGAACCCCCAGCAGCUUCUUCUAUUGAAAACGCAGGGGCGCUGUGCAAGAGGCUGUCUCUUCUACAAGCAGGUCCAACUUUACUAGGAGGCUUAAACCCUGAGCUGUAUCGCAGCGUACCAGACGUAUCCGGUUCUGAAAAGGACGAAGAAGAAUACCCGGAAGGUCACCAGGGCCGGCUCUGGUUUUGCUUGGAGUACGAAUCAACUUUAGAACGCCUCAUCGUCAGAGUACUUAAAGCCCGAAACCUGCCCUCCAGAGUGUACGGACAGCCAAACUGCUGCGAUCCAUUUGUCAGAAUUUAUUUGAUGCCAGACGAACGUCGGUAUUUGCAGUCAAAACCGAAGAAAAAGACAUGCAACCCAACAUUCGACGAAACAUUCUUAUUCCAGUUGCCAAGUCGUUGUUUGGAAGAGCGUUCCUUGAAGUUCAGCAUACUGGACAACGACAGGGGCAAAAGGCACCUACCCCUUGGCAAUGUCCUGGUGCCCCUGGCAGACUUCUUUGACGAACAGGGUACUAAGGAUCCGGCUGAAGUUCACUGGCGCGAUCUCGAAAAGAAAGACAACCAAGUGUCAACCGAAUCUGGGGAGCUGAUGAUCAGUCUCUGCUACAACCAAAACUUAGAACGUCUCAUUGUCACCGUGUGCGAGGCUAAGUCGUUGAGGUUGCCUGAUGGAGGCAAAGUCAAUGGCACUUUCGUGCGGCUGGUGUGGAUGCGGGAGAGCAAGCUGCUGAAGAGCAAGAAGACCCAGACGUGCCGGGGCGCCGGGGACAACCCCAAGUACAACGAGUCCUUCCACUUCCGGAUGGCCAGUGGUCAAGCCCACCUACACUCCGUCACCCUCCAAGUCGCCAUGCCGCAGCAGCACAAGCAGAAGGAGCGCAUUCUGGGUCGCGUAGUGCUGGGCCCUUACAUGUUUUCCAGAGGAUCUGGCCUGGAACACUGGGAAGAAGCAAUGGCUGCCGGUCACAAACAAAUCCGGAAAUGGCACAAACUGGUGUGA